AUGCGAUCUCUCGCCCCCUUGGCUCUCAGCCUCCUCGGCGCAUCAAGCGUAGUGUACGCUGCGGACGCUGCGGAUGCCGAGUCUGAUGUCAUCUCACUUAACACGGACACGUUCGAAAGCUUCAUGACGGAACAUGAUCUGGUGCUUGCAGAAUUCUUUGCGCCCUGGUGUGGCCACUGCAAGGCUCUCGCUCCCAAGUAUGAGGAAGCGGCUGCAGAGUUGAAGGCAAAGGAUAUUCCUUUGGUAAAGAUCGACUGCACUGUAGAGGAGGAUCUGUGUCGGAGUCAGGGCGUUGAGGGCUACCCGACUUUGAAGAUCUUCCGUGGACCCGAAUCGAGCAAGCCUUACCAAGGUGCGCGUCAAGCAGAAUCCAUUGUGUCCUACAUGAUCAAGCAAUCUCUUCCUGCCGUGUCACCUGUUGACGGUGAGAAUCUUGAAGAGAUCAAGACUAUGGACAAAAUCGUCGUCAUCGGUUAUAUUGAUCCGGAAGAUAAAACGACACAUGACGCAUUCGAGGCCUUUGCUGAAUCCCAGAGGGAUAAUUACCUCUUCGCGGAAGCAAGUGACCCUGCCAUCGCCAAGGUGGAGGGUGUCCAGCAGCCGGCUUUUGUUCUCUACAAGGACUUCGAUGAGAAAAAGGCAGUUUUUGAUGGCGAAAUUGACCAAGAGGCUCUACUCGGCUGGGUAAAGACCGCUAGCACUCCCCUUGUGGGCGAAAUCGGCCCCGAGACCUACUCUGGGUACAUCACAGCCGGCAUUCCCCUCGCAUACAUUUUCGCCGAAACCAAGGAAGAGCGGGAACAGUUCACGGAGGAUUUCAAGCCGAUCGCGGAGAAGCACAGAGGCUCUAUCAACAUCGCUACUAUUGAUGCCAAGAUGUUCGGUGCGCAUGCAGGAAACCUCAACCUCGAUCCCCAGAACUUUCCUGCCUUUGCCAUUCAAGAUCCUGCGAAGAAUGCCAAAUACCCGUAUGACCAGUCCAAGGAACUCAAGGUGGAAAAUUUGGAGAUUUUUAUCCAAGACGUUCUUCAUGGCAAGAUCGAGCCUAGCAUCAAGUCAGAGCCUAUCCCGGAGACUCAGGAUGGCCCAGUGACCGUUGUUGUGGCACACUCUUAUAAGGAGCUUGUUGUUGAUAACGACAAGGACGUUCUUCUAGAGUUUUAUGCGCCAUGGUGCGGGCACUGCAAAGCUCUUGCUCCGAAGUACGAUGAGCUUGCUAGUCUUUAUGUCAACAACCCUGACCUUGCGGCCAAGGUUACUGUCGCCAAAAUUGAUGCGACAGCCAACGAUGUCCCUGACCCUAUCACUGGUUUCCCAACAAUCAGACUGUACCCAGCCGGUGCCAAGGAUUCUCCAAUUGAGUAUGAAGGGUCCCGCACAGUUGAGGACCUCGCCAACUUCAUUUUCGAGAAUGGUAAGCACAAGGUUGAUGCCUAUGCUAAGCCUGAGGAGCAGCAGGAAGAUGCGGACGUCACUACUCCCCCUGUUGCAGCUCCCACUGAAGACGAGGCCCCGGAAGUUGCCAAAGAAGAAGCGGUGGAGCAUGAUGAACUCUAA